ACCCUUCCUUAUCUUAUCAUCGCUGAAAAUGGUGGCUGAGGUGCUGGUGACGGGCGGUGCGGGGUUCGUGGGGUCGCACACUGUCCUUGUGCUGCUGCAGAAUGGCUUUAAGGUGGUGGUUCUGGACAAUCUAGUCAACGCCGUCUCGGAAGGGCCCAAGCCGGAGGCUCUCGUCAGAGUGGAGAAGCUUACGAAGAAGUCGGUCGAGUUCCACGAGGCCGAUCUUUCCGACUCCAAGGCUUUGGACGACAUAUUUUCGUCUCAUAAUUUCGAAUGCGUGAUCCACUUCGCCGCCCUGAAGGCGGUGGGCGAGUCGUGCCAGCUGCCUCUGGCCUACUACCGAAACAACGUCGCCGGCACCCUGAGCCUGCUGGAGGCCAUGAAGAAGCACAAGGUGCACCGCCUCGUCUUCUCCUCCUCGGCCACCGUCUACGGCGACCCGCAAUAUUUGCCUCUUGACGAGGCUCACCCCACAGGGCAGGGCUGCACCAACCCCUACGGACGAACAAAGUUUUUUAUUGAAGAAAUGCUUGUGGACCUCUGCAAGGCGGAGCAGCAAUGGCAAGUGGUGUCUCUGCGCUAUUUCAACCCUGUGGGUGCCCACCCUUCGGGUCAGAUAGGAGAGGAUCCUUUGGGCAUCCCAAACAACCUGAUGCCUUACGUCUCACAAGUUGCCAUCGGCAAGCGAAGUGAGCUGCAGAUUUUCGGCGACGACUACGACACGGUCGACGGCACCGGCGUCCGCGACUACAUCCACAUCAUGGACCUGGCCGACGGACACGUGUCCGCCCUCGAACGUCUGCUCGGAUCUGAUCCGCUUCAAGGUUUCAACGCAGUCAACCUUGGAACGGGCAAGGGCAACUCAGUGCUGGAGGUCGUGGCGGCAUUCGAGAAGGCGUCCAACAAGAAAUUAAAAUACAAGAUCGUUGCACGUCGUGCCGGCGACGUGGCCACUUCAUUUGCCGACCCAAAACUUGCCAAAGAGCUGCUCGGCUGGACCGCCAAGAAGGACAUAUUGGACAUGUGCAAAGAUGCUUGGAAUUGGCAGGUCCAAAAUCCCAACGGUUUCCGUUCCUCAGACAAAAACUAAUUGUCUUUUUACCAGAUGCCAUUAAAUUUAUUUGUUGCUUGGUUAGUUGUUGAUUUAAAUACAGAGCCAGUUACUUAAAAA